AAUCCAACACUACCUGGGAUUGGGAGCCGAACUCCUGCGGCCGGUCGCGUGGCCCUCACGAAUCCUCCUCGCAUAAAUCCCGGCCACCGAUCACACGGCACGCGCCGCCACUCGACCACGCAUCCGAUUCCGGUCAUCACCCUCCUAAACCCCGGGAAGAAGCCCAAGCCGGCCGCGGCGCAGGCGCGGCUGUCGUCGCCUUCUCGCUCCAUCGGGACAAUCACCGGCGGCGACCCGGGGGCCGUCCCCCGAUCCGCGCCAUGGAGAAGCCGCUGGAUGAGAAGGAGUUGGAGAGGAAACUGAAGAAGGAUCAGAAGGCGAAAGAGAAGGAGGAGAAGAAACAAAAAGCAAAGCAGAAGGAAGCGGCUAGGCUCCAGGCACAAGCAGCAUCUGAUGGAGGUGGAGGUAAGAAGAGUGAUAAGAAGCUGAGAAAGAAAACUGCCACGGAUGAGAAUCCUGAGGAUUUCAUUGACCCAGAGACUCCUUCUGGACAGAAAAAACUGCUGGCAUCUCAAAUGGCAAAACAAUAUAGCCCUGCUGCUGUUGAGAAAUCCUGGUAUGCUUGGUGGGAAUCAUCUCAGUAUUUUGAAGCAGAUGCAGCAAGCUCAAAGCCACCAUUUGUUAUAGUCCAGCCACCCCCUAAUGUGACUGGGGUGCUUCACAUAGGCCAUGCGAUCACAGCAGCUAUUGAGGAUGCUAUAAUUCGCUGGCGGAGGAUGUCGGGCUACAAUGCUUUAUGGGUUCCUGGAAUGGACCAUGCUGGCAUAGCUACACAGGUGGUGGUUGAGAAAAAACUCAUGCGUGAGAAGAAUCUUUCAAGGCAUGAUGUAGGACGUGAGAAAUUUUUGGGUGAGGUCCUCAAAUGGAAAGAGCAGCAUGGUGGUGCCAUUCUGAAACAACUUCGCAUACUUGGAGCUUCACUUGAUUGGUCACGCGAGUGUUUUACAAUGGAUGAGCAGAGAUCAAAAGCUGUGACUGAGGCUUUUGUUAGGCUGUAUAAGGAUGGUUUAAUUUAUAGAGCUCAUCGUCUUGUGAACUGGGAUUGCACACUUCGAACAGCAAUUUCUGAUAUUGAGGUUGACCAUGAGGAUCUUGCAGGGGAGACUCCAUUAGAGGUUCCUGGUUAUAGAUCUCCAGUGCAAUUUGGUGUUUUGAUAUCUUUUGCCUAUCCUCUAGAAGAAGGUUUAGGUGAAAUUAUUGUCGCAACAACCAGGAUAGAAACGAUGCUUGGCGAUACUGCCAUAGCUGUUCAUCCGCAGGAUGAAAGAUAUAAGCACUUACAUGGAAAAUAUGCUUUACACCCUUUCAAUGGCCGAAAACUCAAAAUAAUUUGCGAUGCUGAGUUAGUGGAUCCUAGUUUUGGUACUGGCGCUGUCAAGAUUACACCAGCUCACGAUCCCAAUGAUUUCAAGGUUGGGGAACAGCAUAACCUUGAGUUCAUUAAUAUUUUCACAGAUGAUGGAAAAAUAAAUGAAAUGGGAGGCUCGCAAUUCGAAGGGAUGCCACGUUUUGCUGCUCGAACUGCUGUUAUUGAUGCAUUGAAGAAUAAGGGUCUCUACCGAGACACAAAAAGUAAUGUGAUGAGCUUGAGUCUGUGUUCAAGAUCUAAAGAUGUUGUGGAGCCAAUGAUGAAGCCUCAAUGGUUUGUUAAUUGUAACUCUAUGGCAAAGGAAGCUCUUGAUGCUGUGAAGUCCAAAAAAAUUGAGAUCAUUCCACCACAAUAUGAGCAAGACUGGUAUAGAUGGCUUGAAAACAUACGUGAUUGGUGUAUAUCAAGGCAACUCUGGUGGGGACACCGGAUACCUGCUUGGUAUGUGACAUUAGAAGACGACAAAGACAAAGACAUGGGUUCUUACAGUGACCACUGGAUUAUCGCAAGGGAUGAAAAUGAUGCAAUCCUGGAGGCAAAGCAGAGGUAUCCAGGGAAGAAAUAUCAGUUAUAUCAAGAUCCUGAUGUACUGGAUACAUGGUUUUCAUCUGGCCUCUUUCCAUUAAGUGUACUUGGUUGGCCAGACGAUAAACCUGAUCUUAGUACAUUCUACCCUAGUUCUGUUCUUGAAACUGGAUCAGAUAUCCUCUUCUUUUGGGUAGCACGGAUGGUGAUGAUGGGAAUGCAACUCGGUGGGGAUGUGCCAUUUCAAAAGGUUUACUUGCAUCCAAUUAUUCGUGAUGCACAUGGCCGUAAAAUGGCCAAGUCACUGGGAAAUGUCAUUGACCCCAUUGAUGUAAUAAAUGGCAUAUCACUGGAAAAUCUUCAGAAAAAGUUGGAAGAUGGCAAUCUGGAUCCAAAAGAGGUAGAGAAAGCAAAAGAAGGACAGAGAAAGGAUUUCCCUAAUGGCAUUCCAGAGUGUGGUACAGAUGCCCUUCGCUUUGCCCUGAUUUCUUACACUUCUCAGUCUGACAAGAUAAACCUGGAUAUCAAAAGAGUGCAUGGGUAUCGACAGUGGUGCAAUAAGCUGUGGAAUGCCAUUCGUUUUGCCAUGAACAAGCUUGGAGAUCAGUACGCCCCACCAGCAACUAUUGCAGUGUGUUCUUUGCCUCCUGUCUGCAAAUGGAUACUCUCAGUACUUAACAAGGCUGUUGGCAAGAUUGAGUCAUCGCUAGAAGCGUAUAAAUUCUCUGAGGCUACGUCCUCUAUAUAUUCAUGGUGGCAGUACCAGCUUUGCGAUGUAUAUAUUGAAGCAAUAAAACCUUAUUUCAAUGAAUCUCAAGAGUUUGAAUCUGCAAGAGGUGCUUCUAGAGAUACAUUAUGGGUAUGCUUGGACACGGGUUUGCGCCUGCUCCAUCCAUUCAUGCCUUACAUAACUGAGGAACUUUGGCAGCGUCUUCCUCAACCUAAAGAAGCCUGUACAAAAGAUUCCAUUAUGAUAUCAGAAUACCCCGCAGCAGUACAUGAAUGGACAAAUGAUCAAAUUGAAAAUGAGAUGGAGAUCGUGUUAGAUACUGUGAACAAGCUACGAUCACUUCGGCCAUCAACAGAUACAUACGAAAGACGUCCUGCUUUUGUGCUUUGCCGAGGCUUGGAGACUGCUGCCACCAUGCGCUCCUACCAGUCUUAUAUCACAACACUUGCGUCUGUAUCAUCUCUUCAGAUCCUGGCCGAAGAUGACCCAACUCCUCUUGAUUGCGCCACGCAUAUUGUAAACAAGGAUCUAUCCGUGUUCCUCCAGCUCCGGGGAGCUCUGGACACUAAAGCUGAGCGUGAGAAGCUAAGGAGAAAGAGGGAGGAGAUCCAGAGGCAACACGAUGCGUUGUCACAGAAAAUGAAUGCUUCGGGAUACCGCGAGAAGGCCCCGCAGAGCAAGCAAGACGAGGAUGCGAGGAAACUCGCUGCUUUGUUGGGAGAGCUUGAGAUCGUGGACGAGGCUGAGAGUAAGCUAGAUGCUAACUGACGAAGUUUAGAUGCACGACACAUCAGCCUUCUUCUCUGGGGACAAGACGAAUAACUGACAUAUUUUACAUGCGUUUGCUUCCUCACAACUCCAAGUUUGCAGGAUAAAAAGAAAGUUACUCAAAUCUGUAAAUAGCUUUUCUUAGGGCCCUGUAAAUAACCUUUGUAAUUUGUUAUGGUAAUUGUAUCAUUAUUUUGUCGUCC